AGUAUCGGCAAAAUUAUAAAUAAAUGAAGACAGAAAUGAAUAGUAAAAGAAUGAAAGCUUGUUGCGCAAUUCUGGAAUUUCUCAGUGUCACAUUUCACAGGCUGGCAGGGCGGGGACUUCUGAUGCAAUCCUGUCUUUGUUGCUGCUGGUUGUUUAUUAUUAGCGAUAGCUCGAGAGUAGAAGCUGCCCGUUAGUUGAUGUUCGUGCCGAGUUAACAGACUGUGUGAAGAAAUAAAUCCACCUCCAUUCAUCAUUCAAAAUGAAUGACGUUAGUAAACUGGAGACUGAAGAAUUGCUCACCUGCCUUCAUGUCCAUCUCUACCACCCCGAUCAAGCCUCCCGUCCUCUGUUUCACAGCCUGCCCAUAAAUACCCCAUACACUAUGGACGCCGAAGAUCCAUUAAGACUUGGUCGUGACGGACAGGCCUGUACCUUUGUCAUAAAUGACACCUGCGUUUCUAGAAAACAGCUCUCCAUACAGGCAUAUAGAAAAACCGGCAGCUCUAAUUUCAGUUUCAUGAUCCAGAACAUGAGCCAGAGGGGUAAACUCAUGAUUGGUGGGUCUGAACUGAAAUAUCUCGAAAGAACCGAUGUCGAUGACAAGGUCCUUCUUCGGUUUGGAAGAUACGAACUGUUGAUUUUUCAGGAACCAGGAGACUCGCUCAUUAAAUAUGAAGUUCUGUUUCAAACAUGCUGUACACCCCCUUCACAGGAAAUGGGCAUAGAUGUGCCAUGCAGGCAACCCAUUUUAGAUACCGCUGGAUCAUGGAAUAACAUUCAAAAUGGAGGACCUGCAAGUCAAGAUCCACUGGAGUCAGAUGAGACUAUUGCUGUGUUCCAGGCAGGUUUUUGAGCCCGUGAAUUACGACUUCAAAACCACGACUCUAUGCGUUCCAGGCAGUCUGUAACCGGUGUUUUUACAACCUUCUACCUGUGAAAGUGCACUGGAACGGCAGUCAAACCUGUGACUUCCCACCCGUGAACUCAUACUAGAUCGAGGUACUCCCAGUUCAGAGUCGUGACUCGUGGUUUUGAAGCCGUCAUUUACGGUUUACAGGUUGCCUGGAACGCAGCAUAUAAUGUUCGUAUAGGUGGUUUCCCUGGAUCCACUGAUCCAGUAGAGCCAGGGAAAUCCCGUAAUAGGCUGGAAUUAGAGCGCACAGAAGAGAGAUUCCUACAUUUUAAGACUGUACAUAUUGGCAACUCUAGAGCUUGUUAACAAAAUUAUUUAAGCAAUCAAAACAAACUAAUGUUAUCUUAAACCUAAUUCAUGCUUACGUUGCGCACAUUUUUAUCUUUUGUUUGGAAUGUCACUCUACCAGUUUUUGUUUUUCAACUCUUGUACAGAUUGUAGACUUCCACUGUAUUAUGUUGUAAUACAUUUCACCAAAUAUUAUUGAAUAUUUUUCACACUAAUGCUUUGGUGCCUUUUUUCCAUUUUUGUAAGUGUCCAUCACAUCAAUGUGUUUGGUUAGUGUUAUACUGUAGACUGUUACAUACCGAAAUGUGAAUCAUAAGCCUCUGAAAAAUGUGAAAAUCCUAUGAUUGAAGUGUUUUCAUACUGCUUUUAACAUUAUAUAUAUCUAUUUUAUUUAAAACCUAACUGUUGUUAUUUUACACAUUGUUUGGUAUGAUAACUAAAACAUUCAAAUAAAAAUAUUAAAGUA